UGUUUGUUAUAUUUGAACAUGAUAAGAAAGAAAGAAGAAGAGAGAAAGAAGAAGAAGAAGAAGAAGAAAAAAAAGUAAAUAGUAAGGAUAUCAAAUAGAAUACGGAAAAAACAAAAUAAACGUUUAAAACGAAGCGUAAACGUUAAAUGGAUACAUCACAAGUAACCACAACAUCGCCAUGCAAUUUAAAUCUAAUUGAUGUGAACACUUUGGCCUCUUAUAUUAAAAAUGGUCGGCAGAAUAUUUUAAUCUUGGACAUGAGAUCUUUUCUUGAAUACAACACAAGCCAUGUAUCAACAUCCUUUCAAGUCACUUCGUCGAAACUUGUUCUAAGACGUUUACAACAAGGAAAGUUAACUGCAAAUGAAUUGAUUACCAAUGUAAUUGGUUAUCAACCUGAUCCAAGUGUUGAUAUUAUUUUAUAUGAUCAAGAUUCUAAAAGUUUCAUCUCCAUACCGGAAGACAGUUUUCUUGCCGUUUUCAUAUCUAAAUUGGUGACUACCUUUAAAAGUGUCAGCUUACUGGUCGGUGGUUUUAUCACCUUUCAAUCAAAAUAUCCUGAUCUCUUGGAAGCCAAGAAAUAUCUUACUUCAUUAUCCCAACCUUGUCUUCCAACCACCAAUCCAGGACCCACGAAAAUCUUACCCUUCCUUUACUUAGGAUCCCAACAUGAUGCUUACAAUAAAGAGCUUUUAAAGACUCAUAAUAUCACUUAUGAACUAAAUGUUAGCAUAACUUGCCCAAAGCCUGAUUUUGUUCAAGAAUCUCAUUUCAUGAGAAUACCUGUUAAUGAUAAUUACAGCGAGAAACUGCUUCCUUAUUUUCCAAUGGCAUUUAACUUCUUGGAAAAAGUUCGCGAAUCGCGAGGAUGUGUUUUAGUUCAUUGUUUAGCUGGAAUUUCACGGUCGGCGACAAUUGCAAUAGCUUAUGUGAUGCAACAUUCGAGGAUGACUUCUGAUGAUGCUUACAGGUAUGUGAAAUCUAAAAGGCCAACCAUAUCACCUAACUUUAAUUUUCUUGGACAAUUAGUUGAGUUUGAGAAACAAUUAAGACGAGAUAGUUUAUUGGAACCAGUUUCCACUGAGCCAUCUUUCCUCUCGUUUUCACGGCCCAAACAUCAGACAUCGGGUUCAUCGAAACGCUUAUGCUCGCUAUCGCCAUUGACAUUUUCCACCACCCCGGGAGAUCGGGCAUCAUUUUCAUUAUCUUGUAUACCUGCUCUUGCCUCACCUACUUUACCAUCACCGACAACACCUAAUCCAUCAACAGCUACUGCAACCAAAUGAACAUAUCACAAAAAUUUUAUCUCUCAUUAACUCACAAUUGUUUUUGUUUUCUCUUCUCUCUCUCUCUCUCUCUCUCUCGCUAUUAUAUCUUUCAUUACUACACAACUACUACUACCACCUAUUUCUUGCUCUCUAGAUAUAAUAUUAAUAAAAUAUGAU